AUGGAUGAGAGCGAUGGGAAAGAAGGAAGAAGGUGGACAACCACCGUCAUCAUCAGCUCAUCGCUUAAGAAUUAUGAGAUUGCAACUGCCCUAGAAAAUCGAAGCCACAAGGUUCGCUAUUCAGAUACAUUGGAAAGUGGAUCCAUUGUAUUUUCUCUUUCUGGAGUUGCAUUUUUAUUGAUGGAUGCUAAAGAAUGUAUGAUAUCAGCUGAGGAAAUAUUUCUAACCAAAAUUGAGAAGUUUAUUAACAUUCACCAAAACAGUUUUUUGGUUCUGUUUGCCCCACUCCAUGGGCCUGAGGAAUGGAAUCUCAUGUUCAGGAUUCAGCAGAGAUUCUUGGGCAGUAACUUACGAGUACUUCCCGUGCAUAACACAGUAAAUGCCAUUGACCUUAUGUGCACUAUAGCCAAGACUUCCUCCAAACCAAACAUAGACAGCAUCUGCUACAGAAUGAUAACAACUAAAGCUUACAUCAUAGAGCAAAGCCCUGUGUGGAGAACACUCCAAAAGAUAAAGCUGAGCACUGAUGCAAUCAGUCCAGAGUCAGAAUACUAG